AUGUACGGCACCAACCUAAAUCCGAACCUUCUGGGGGCCGGGCAGGCACAGAGGCAGCUGCCUUACGAGAAGCUCGUUUCGUGGUCACACUUUGCCCGUUACGAUUCGGAGGCGCCCCAGGGAGGUCGGAGACGCAAAAGGACCAAGUUCAGCAAGACCCAGUACCAGGUGCUCAUCGAGGCCUUCGAGAGGGACUCAUACCCUGAUAUCACUGCCAGAGAAGAACUGGCUCGACGAACCCAGAUCCCUGAGCCCAGAAUCCAGGUCUGGUUUCAGAACCGGAGAGCCCGAAUCCCCAAGAGCAACCAGAGGAGGCCAGGCGUGGAGGCAGGUGCCCAGGCGCCGGGGUCCGGUCAGCACGGCGGGGGCGCCCCCCACUGCGCCUGCCAGCCAAGCUUUGUGGGGGCCCCGAGCACCGCUGGCCACUUCUUGGCGUCGGAGGGCACUUCUGCUCAGGCCAUCCCAUCGGGGCACCCUGCUGUCGUGGACGAGAACGUGGCCUUGCAUGACCUGGAGACUCCAGGCAGCGCACUGGGCGAGCCUUCCGGAGAUUUCUAUCUCUCUCCCUUGGGCUUCAGCCCCGAAGCCCUGUGUCCGCUUCCUGCUUCCCUGCAGCCCCUCUCCCAGCCGGAAGAAACCGGAGCUCAGUGGGGGGACCUGGGACAGCUCCUGCCCUACGGGGACUGUGCCCUGCAGGGCUGGGAACAGCCUCCCGCCUCCAGUGAGCCGCAGCCGCAGCCGUGGUGGGGCUGGCAGCCUUCGCCCUCACUGGAGCGAGACGUGUUGCCCCCACAGCCCCAGCCCCCGGGGCCCUGGGAGCAGCCAGCAUGGCCCCUGCCUCCCACCGAGCCCUGGCCCCAGCCCUCACUGGAGCAGGUGCCCAUGGGCGUCGGGAGCAGUUUCCCCACCCCCCUGGGACACGGGAUGCUUGAGGGAGGCCCCGGGGCCCCCACACACCCCGGCCCCCAAUCCCGCAGCUGUGGGGCCAUGCUGGGAGCUGCUGCUACAGCGAAACGUUGA